AACAAAGUAGAUCGACAUUGCUACUUGCUGGUAGUUUUCCCAUUGUCGUUUUGACGCGAAAAAAAUGCAAAAGUCGCUAAAAUGGGCUCCUGCCCAGCCCCAACGGCGCCUAGACAACAUAAUCUCCUCAAAAGCCCGAGAAAACGGCGAUUUGAUCGGGUUUGUGCCCACAUACCUGGCGGAGCCGAUGGAGAAGAUGCACUUCAUCAUGAGCAACGAGUACAUGAGGAAGUGGUUUAAGGAGCGCGGCGCCUACGAAAAAGACACCUACAGCAAGGAGCAAAUUAUCAGAGAGGAGAGUCGGAUUAAGCGCCGAUUCGUCCAGCGAAUGAUGACCUACCAAAAGCCCGUGAAGACCCAGUUGUUUGAGGAGAACGUCUUGCGCAAGCCUCCGCAAAAGGGCGAACAGCCGCUCGACUACAAGAAGUUCAAGUACAAGCCGGUCUGCCCCAGAGCAAAGGCGCAGCAGAAGAACUCUCCUAAGGCUCAGGCUGAGCAAAGUACUCGCGUAUGUUAGAGCUGGGCAAGUCGCCUAGGGCUUAGAAGCUUAGGCUGAAAUUCGGAAAAUUAAUGUCAACUAAGCCUUAUUCAAAGCAAUACAGCCAUAUUUUUAUUAAAA